AUGGUGAAGAUGCUAAAUGGGUUUAGCCAGGUGAGCUGGAAGUGGAAUUAUUGGCUGGGGCGGAUUUUAUUAUUGAAAAACAGAGGUCGCAUUGAGUUCGCCCACAUCUUUAGGGAAGGGAACGCCCCGGCGGAUGCUCUGGCCCGCCAGGGUAGCGUGAGUCAGUCCUCGGUCUCGUAUGUCCGCUCCUACGAUCUCCCGUCCAGGAUUCGAGGUCUCUUCUUCCUAGACAAGGUCUCCCAAGCCACCAUUCCUCUCAGUCAGAGGCUUUUCGGGCAAAAGGUCUCUCAGCGAGUCCAAGCAAGUCUCCCAAAACCCUCAUAUCUCUCAAUUUCUGCUCAGAAAUCGCCAUUUCUUUCUUCAGUUCCAACCAUUUCGUCGAUUGAUGGCAAAAGGAGCUUCGAAAUUCUCGUUUCUCAGACGUGCAGGUCGACUGAAGCAGAGGAGCAGUUAAAAGAGAGGGAGGAUUGCAAUGGAGAUUAUAAGCAGUGCAAUGUUGGGGUUAAUGUGUACAUCAAUCACGAGAAGAAGUUUGCUUUUGUGGAUAUGAGAACUGUUGAAGAACUGAGCAAUGCAAUGGCAUUAGACGGGAUAACGUUUGAGGUUUACCAUCAUCUUGGAAAUGGAACAGUUGGACCUUAUGACCCCUAUGCACAAACCCUUUGUACUGAAUGCCAAAGCUCUAAGGAUGAGAAUCUUCUAUUGCUUUAUGACCUCUGUGAUUCUGUUGCUCAUACUUACUGUGUUGGUCUGGGGGUAACUGUACCUGAGGGUGAUUGGUACUGUCAUGAUUCUGCUGCUCAUACGUACACACUGAAUGCAGGCCACUUGAUGAUUUGUUCCCGCCUGACUUCUUGGACAGGUUAUCUACACAGUGUAGUGUACCAGCUACACAGGACUUGAAGAUGAUGUCAAUGUGUAUGAAAAAUGCUAGGCCAUAUAAAUCUAUGCUUAGCUAAGCCUACUCUGACUCAUGCUAGAACAUUCAAUCCACUGUCUGCUUUGACAAACAAACGGGAUUCAUAAUCAAGCUGCCACGAAUAGUAAAAGCUUGUCUUCCUGUGGAAAAAGAAGAAGGAAA